GGCGGUGGAGGGGGGGCGGGAGUGGUGGUGGUGGGGGGAUGGGGACAGGAGGAGGGAUGAUGGCAAUGAGGUCAUCACCAUUUACAGUGUCACAAUGGCAAGAACUGGAACAUCAAGCUUUGAUCUUUAAGUAUAUGAUGGCAGGUUUGCCUGUGCCACAUGAUCUUGUGCUCCCUAUUCAGAAGAGCUUUGAGUCCGUUUCUCAUAGGUUCUUUCACCACCCCACCAUGGGGUACUGUUCCUUCUAUGGAAAGAAGGUGGAUCCGGAGCCGGGACGAUGCAGGAGAACCGAUGGCAAGAAAUGGCGGUGCUCUAAAGAUGCAUACCCGGACUCCAAGUAUUGUGAGCGGCACAUGCACCGUGGCCGUAACCGUUCAAGAAAGCCUGUGGAAUCACAAACUAUGACACAGUCAUCAUCUACUGUGACAUCACUAACUGUUUCUGGAAGCAGUGGCGGGACUGGAAGCUUCCAGAACCUUCCGUUACAUGCCUUUGGUAGUACACAAGGCACUGCUUCUGGAACCAGUCAGUCCCAUUAUCAUAUGGAGUCGAUCCCCUAUGGAAUCCCAAGCAAAGAUUAUAGGUAUCUUCAAGGACUUAAACCUGAGGUUGGUGAGCAUAGUUUCUUCUCUGAAGCUUCAGGGAGCAACCGGGGCCUCCAGAUAGAAACUCAACUGGACAACACAUGGCCUCUUAUGCAAUCUAGAGUCUCCUCGUACCCUCAGUCAAAAUCUAGUGGCAGCCACAUCUUACAGAAUGAUUAUCCCCAGCAUUCAUUUUUCAGCAAUGAAUUUAACUCUGGAGAACCUGUGAAGCAUGAGGGUCAAUCUCUUCGACCUUUCUUUGAUGAGUGGCCAAAACCCAGGGACUCUUGGUCAGCUCUUGAAGACGAGAGAUCCAACCAGACCUCAUUCUCAACAACCCAGCUCUCCAUAUCCAUUCCAAUGGCUUCGUCUGACUUCUCCACAACUAGUUCUCGUUCUCCGCAUGAUAGUUGAAGGAACAGAAUCCGAGAAUUCUGGAACUCUACUAGAGAAGGCCCAGACAAGUUCUAGCUACUGGACUAAAAUAUUGUACCCCUUGAUGAUUUUCGUUUGCCUCUGUUGUUCUAGAACUGUGGGUUUUCAGCAUCACUGUCUUGUGUAUUAGUACACUGCAAGGUUCAGGUUUUAGGUAUAAAAUAAAACAAACCCUAGCAGGUAACUGAAAAAAAAAAUCCAGAACAUUGCGGUUUGAAUUGAAAGAAAGAGCAACAAUUUUCCUGCAUGGAUUUUAUUAUUUACAUGGUAAAAAAAUUAUAGCUAGCUUUAGAAAUGUGAAGUUGGUGGUGGUUGUGGCCUUGUGCCUGUUUUUGAUGUGUAGUUGGAUUAUUGCAGUGAUUGUGCUUAAUGAAAUACCAUUAAGCUUAUGCUCAAUGACCAUAUAUGCAGUCCAAGUAAAUUCUUCA